AUGAACAAAGCAAAGAAACAACACAAUGAGAUGAUAAAGAAAAAAAGAGUUAGAAAGAGUAGGAGUAGUGAACGUUCUAGCUUCACCAGCUUUGGUACUUUAUCAUUAUUAUUAUCAUCAUCAUCAACAUCACCAUUAAAAUCACAAAACCUUAUGAAUAAUUUUUCAAGUUUAAUUGAUCAAAUUAGAGAUCCACUCCAGAUGAUAUUAAUGGAUUGUCGAGCGAUUGGAGCAUUGAUAUCAAGAGAAGAGGCAUUUGAAUUCGAGAUGGAGAAGACAUUGUCCGAUUGCUCGCGACUGUUUAACAUUGUCAACACAUUCCUUUCAUUCCAUAUAUUCAAGGAUGGCCAGGUACGAGUGGACGGCAGCGGCAACCAAUUCGACGCCAACGCCAAGAAAUUCUUUCUCGAAUCGUUUAUACAGGGAUGUGUGUCGUUUAGAGCGUCGCUAGUCACCUUCUUGUGCACAUCGCGGUCAAUCGACCAACUCACCUCUAAACACAACCGAACACUCUACUCGCUGCUUCGAAGCAAGUUGUUUAGCAAUUUGAUGAUGGUAACUGAUAGUGCAAGAUCUCUAGUUCGGACAUGCGAAGUCACCACCACCAAUAGCAACAUUGGCGGUGAUGGCGGUGAAGGAUACACAAGCGAAUCAGUUUCAAUUAUUAGUAGUAACUUUUUAGUUCAAAUGAAAGCAUUGACAGAGACAACUUCAACAUUUCCUUCACGCGAUAUAUUUGAUAUGGUCAAAGUCAAUUAUACCAAGACUUACAAUGCCUUUCUCGAGUUGUUGCGUAGUUGCGUGUUUGAUAUUUCCCAACACACUGCCAAAUUGUCACAAUACUGUGACGAGAUCCUCGCAACGUCGACCAUGCUCUACGAGCGUGCUCCCGAGAUUGCCGGCUCAUUCCUACAUAUCCAGGGUAACAAUACGUUAGAGACCAAUGUCUUUUCGCUGGUUGAUACCAUCAAAAAGAUAUUCCCGAUCAUCUCGCAGUCUGUCAACCGUAUCCCGUCGUCCUACCCACUCCCCACCGUCAUCCCGCUCAUCGACCUCAACAACGAGGAGGAAAUAGCCACCGAAAAACAACGCAAAAAAGAUUUUGAUAUUGCCAUUCACGAAGUCCAAGUUGAACAACUAACAAUCGAUGAAAAGAAAGAAGAACAAGAAGAAAUGGAAAGAGAAAAAGAAAGAGAAAAAGAAAGAGAAAGAAAACGUGCAAUCUUGCAAGAUUCAUCAAUUCCAACCAUUAAAAUUGAAAGUAUACAAGAAGGCCUUGUUGACAACCAAUCAAAUAAUAAUAAUAAUAUUAGAAAUAGUGGAGAUAGUAGUCUUGGAGUUAGUGGUAGUAGUCCAGCUAGUAACUCUGGACAGUCUAGUCCAAGCCCGACAAGAUGGGGUAUAGAUCUUCCAACAAUUGUAUUGAGCGAUUUGUCAGAUGAUGAAGAUGAUGCACCCAUGAUUUGGAGUGUCCCCGUCAAUAGUUUUUCAUCGGACCCUUUCAACAGCAAUAAUAGCAACGGUAAUCAAUCGUCUUCGAAUGGAAACAACAGUCCGUCACCAUCAACCACACCAAAUGACCCAUCACCGCGAAACUCCGUGUCAAUGCAACCGACCAAAGUCUACAACAGCAAGGAUUUUGAUAUAAACAAUCUCAACGGCUCUAAAAAGGGUAGCAAGAUUGGAUCCAUCUUUAAAAACCCAUUCAAGAGUAGUUCUUCUGGCAAAGACAAGGAUAAAGCGACCAAGUCAUCAUCUGCAUCGGGGUCUCCACCUGGAACACUAUCACCACCCGGUUCAGCAUCAUCAUCGUCAUCCCCACAAUUAUCUGCAGCUGGGUCUGCAGGAGCUUCACCCAAUCUCAAUGGAAUGGGAUCAGAAUCAUAUAAAUCACAUUCUUCACCAACUCUUAAACCUCUUUUAAAUAAUAAUAAUAACAAAUCAUCAACAACAACUACAUCAUCAACGACACCACCAACAACAUUGGUACUUAUUAACAACACAAAUAAUAAUAAUAAGAGUCCAUUUGAUGAAGAAGAUGAUGUAGAUGCAGAUACUUUAGAGAUACCAGUUGGAUUAAGAGGAAGUGUGUGUGAUCCAGCAGUUGUUUUAUUCGAUCAAUGUAAAGACUACUUUGUAGAGGAAAUUGGAAACAAGUCAAAGAGAUAUUCAAAUACAGGUGUAGUUGUUGGAUUUGAUCACAAUGAACGUCAUAUUGCACAUUAUGCCAAUUAUUUCUACCAACAAGACCAUAACAAUUACCUGUGUCGAAUCAACGAACUUGGUGGAAACGUCAUUAUAUCGAUUAAAAAGGAGGCUGAGCGUGGUGACAAUGAGAAACAACAUCGUUGUCUCAUUCUCACUUCCAACGGACUCGAAAAGCUACUCAUCUACAGUGCCAACAACAAGGAUGGUAACCUAAUCAAAGGUAUUCAAAAUUAUUUGAAACCUAUUUGUUCCAUCCCUUCAUCAUCAUUUAAACUUGCCAAAACUGAUAAAAUUUCACCUCAUUUAUUAUCUUUUGAAAAGAAUGAAUUGACAACAAAAUAUCAUUUUUAUUUAAUAUUUCAUGGUGAAGGAAUGACAUCUGAAAAGGACAUGUUGAGUAAUGAAAGAGUGAGUAAGGAGUUUACAGAUUUUUAUAAUUUCCUUGGAAAGGUUUAUCCAAUCAAAGGAUGGAAAAAAUACGCGGGAGGAAUGGAUACGACUGGAAACGUGGAUGGGGAAAGCAUUGUCCACUGUGAGACCAGUGCAGGUAUAGAAGUAGUUUUACAUGUUGCCAAUUUAAUUCCAGCAGCACGACGCAAAGACCUCAUGGCUAAAAAUACUAUAGUCAUUGUUUACCAAGAAGGAAAACAAUCUUUAAAUCCUUCAAUAUUUACUAGUCUCAAGAAUCAAAUUAUUUUCAAUGUUAGAAAAGUUAAAGUUGAUCCACAAUCUGUAUAUUAUAAAUUAGGAGUAUCUUCACAUCAGACUAUAUCUCCAUUUGGACCUUCCAUUCAAUCACCUCCAUACUAUAAAAAAGAUAAUCAUUUCAAACAAUUUUUAUUGACCAAGUUGAUCAACGGAGAAAACUCAGUCUAUUCAACUAGUUUACUUAACCAAUCAUUAUCAAAUUACAGAGCACAAAAAAUUGAAGAAAUCAUUGUAUCUUUAGACAGAGAGAGAGAGAGAGAGAGAGAGAGAGAAACUACUACUAGAGUUUCAACUCUUCUCAAUUCUUCGUUAAACUCUAGUGGUGUAGGAGUAGCAACUAAUAAUAAUAAUAAUAAUACUAUCAACAUUAAUAAGUUGCCGCAUGCUCUACUCAUACAUAUAUUACUCGACGUUCAUAAUGGUAUCUUUCCAAGCGAAGACUAUCGGUCUUGUUCUUUGGUUUGCAAAAUGUGGCGGAUGAUGACUCCCAAGACACUUAGGACGGUGGUGUUUGCAGGUACAAACGAGCAAGAGACGAGUAGAGGUGUGCGGACGUAUCUGCUGGCGCAAGAGUACAACGAGACGUUGGAGCGAGUCAUUAUACAUUCGCCGCCAGCCAGUCAUCCGACAGUGGCAAUGGUGUUGUCGGCACUGACGACCCCAUUCUUUUCAACGGUGCAUCAGCGGCUCUAUACACCUCCGUUGACUGCGAUAGAGCUGUAUUCGGUCGAGAUCAAGGAUACCGAGGUCGACCUACUAUGCGAUGUUAUUGGUAUCUACAACAUUCGCACGCUGGGACUCAACGGUGUCGGGCUGACCGACAACCAGUUGAUUGCAGUUGCACGCGCGCUAAGAGAGAAUCAUUUCAACCAGCUGGUCGACGUCUCGCUGCCGCACAAUCAGUUCAGUAAGGUGGGACUAGAGUUUUUGGUCAAUACAUUGGUCGAAACGCACCAGUUUAAUCACAAGGAUGAUUUGAUCGAGAACAAACUAGGUUCAGCCGGUCUCAAAGCGAUCGUUGGCGCCAUCCUCUCCAAUUCUUCCAUCUCUAAACCUUCUUCAAACCAACCGAUCGAUGAUAAUAAUGAUAAUUACAACAAUAAUAAUAAUAAUAAUAAUAAUAAUAAUAAUAAUAAUAAUAAUAUUCAACCAGAACAACAAUUGGGAUUACAAGACUACAGAUAUUUUACAAAAUAUAAUACAGUGGGACAUUUACGUCGACUUUAUUUGCGACGUACUAAUAUUGGAUUCGAGGAGUGUAUGGUGUUGCGCAAUAUGAUAUAUACGUGCAAGACGGUCGAUACGAUAGACUUGUCGAGCAACCAGAUCAACGCAGAGUCGGUGGCGCUGAUUGGCACGGCGUUGGCGCACAACACGUCCAUCACCAGUCUCGACCUGUCGUUUAAUAUUUUGGGCGAGGGUGGGUGCAGCGAACUAGGCAAGUCGCUGGCCGCAAACACCUCGCUGCGCGAGCUAUAUCUUCACUGCGUGUCGAUGAAGAAAGAGGGUGCCAUGGCAAUUGCCGACGGUGUCUUUCAGUGUCCGACCAUCUCACAACUCUACCUCUCCAACAAUGACAUUAAAAACCAAGGUUGCAGCGCUUUUGCGAAAUGUCUUCGCGCCAAUCGCUCGCUUACCUAUCUCGAUCUAUCUUUUAACAAUAUCUCUGACAAGGGUGUCACCGACGUUCACAAGGCAAUCACUGAAGCAUUCCAACAACACAGUAUCAUUCAUCUGGAUCUAUGUGGCAAUCAAAUCACAUCAAAAUCCUACAAAAAAUAUUUAACCUCUAUCCUACUUGGUUCAUCUGGUAUAGGGUUUACAAAUGGUAGUAGUUGUACUAGUGGUGGUGGAACGAAUGGUAGUGGUGGUGCUGGAUCUGGUUCAAAAGAGAAUUGUAAUUUAAUAAUAUGUAUUUAUGUUUACAUGAUGAGGAUUAAACAAUUUAAAUUAAUGCAUGUCACAUUGGCAAAGGAGGAUCACCAACAUCAUCAAGACUAA